UCAACAAACACGGCGAAGCAACUGUUUCAUGUAAAUUACAUGUGAAAGGUCGUCAGGGUAUCAUUAUGGAACCCCAACUUCCAUCCAACUUCAGAACUGGAACGGAAAGUUUGCAAAAACUUGAGGAAAAUCUCCAUAAGCGCGAAGAAAUCUUCGUUGACGAAGAAGAAGCGCAUCCACCUAAAUUUACUGUUGAUAUCGCUGAUAAUUUAGAUGUGCCCGAAGGUGGACCAAUUCAUUUCGACUGUCGAGUUGAGCCGGUCGGUGAUCCAACAAUGCGAAUUGAUUGGUUCCACAAUGGUCGUCCAAUGGCCACCGGAUCAAGAGUGCAUCAAUUAAACGAUUUUGGAUUUAUUGCACUCGAUAUUGACUACAUUUACUUGCGUGAUUCUGGUGAAUAUGCAUGCCGUGCCGUAAAUAAAUGGGGACAGGCAGUCACCAAAGCCAAAGUCACUUGUAUUGGUAAACAGGGCAUCGUUUCCGAUUCACAAUUGCCACACGGCAUGACUGUCGAACAUUUGAAAGAUUUGGAACGUGGCCCAGUUACAGAACCAGCUCCUGAACCAGCCCCAGCCGGACCACCAAAAUUCUUAACGCAAAUCAAAUCAUGGACGGUAGAAGAAUCAGAAUCCAUUCGAUUUGAAUGUCGUGUUGAACCGAAAAGCGAUCCAAAUCUUCGCAUCGAAUGGUACCGUAAUGGCAAAUUGCUACCAUCAGGUCAUCGCUUUAGAAACUUAUACGAUCUUGGUUAUGUUUCAUUGGAUAUUUUGUAUGUGUAUGCUGAAGAUAGCGGUGAAUAUGUAUGCAGAGCCGUUAAUGAUUUUGGAGAAGAUUUCACCAAAGCAACUAUUUCAUGUAAACAAUUGCCAUCGAUCAUAUUGCAAAAUCAAGUUCCAAAAGGAAUGAAAACAUCCGAAACAUUGAUGCAAAUGGAAGCUGCCAUCAAAAAAUACACAUCAGAAAUUUUCCUCACCGAAGAUGAUAUGUAUGAUGCAGACAAAAAACAACCACCACGUUUUGUUACCCAAAUUAAAGAUCAAACAACUCUAGUUGAAAUGCAAUCAACCAAAUUCGAAUGUCAACUUGCACCAGUCGGCGAUCCAAACAUGAAAGUUGAAUGGUUCUUCAAUGGAAAACCACUUCAUCACAAAAAUCGCUUUGAACCAAUUUAUGAUUUUGGUUAUGUGGCAAUGAACUUCGGAUGGGUCUAUCCAGAAGAUAGUGGUGAAUAUGUGUGCAAGGCAACGAAUUUGUAUGGACAGGAUGAAACUAGAGCAAUCAUCAAAACAUCAGGCAAACCUGGCAUUAUUUAUGAUUCACAGUUGCCCAAACACAUGAAGAGUAUUGAUAAGAUUCGUGAAAUGGAAGCAUCUUGGCAAGUUGUACCCGAAGAACCGGAUGAAGAUGCUAAACCAAGAACAGCACCAAUUUUCGUCAGCAAACCAGAGUCAGUUCAAGUUGAAGAAGGUGAAUGGGCUCGAUUUUGUGUGCGCGUCACAGGUCAUCCACGUCCACGUGUUAUGUGGCUCAUCAAUGGUCAUACCGUUGUCAAUGGUUCUCGUUUCAAACUAACAUACGACGGAAUGUACCAUUUGGAUAUACCAAAAACCAGACAAUACGAUACUGGUAAAGUUGAGGUUAUCGCCAGAAGUUCAGUUGGUGAAGCUAUAGAAACGGUGGACCUUAAAAUCGUUCCACGAACUGAUGACUAUCGUGGUGUCCUUAAAAAUUCACCAAGACCAUGGUACGAUUCAGAAUUGGUUCCAUACCAAAAAGAUCGAAAAGAAACCGAACUUGAAAAAACAUUCGAAGAUCGUAGACAAUACUUGGCAGAACAGGGCAGUGUUAAGGUUGGUGACCAUUUUGCAAAGAGCAAACAAGAUGUCAAAGAAAUUCCUGAAUGGACGAAGACCGUACAACAAAAGAAAACGGAAAACUACUAUAACAAACUGCAAGAACUUGAAACAGAUCAAUUGCUUCGCGAGACAAAACUUCGCGAAGAAAGUCAUCAGUUUGCAAUUCCCGGCGAUAAAGUUGUUAACAAAUCAAUGGCAAAGGGAAUGGCACAAAAAUACCAAGAACAAUUGGAGAAAACCGAAGAUGUCGUUGACACAAGCACAACAACGGUUCGUAAAGUAAACCAGCAACAAUCUGUGCAACCACAAGAAUCUUCAGUGCAUGGCCGUGAAGUGCACAUUAAUCGUCAAAAGCAAACGCAAAAAGAAACGGUUGGUGACGUUGAAAUAACACGUAAGAUAACUGCAACAGAAACAACAGAGGUUGAACACAAAGGUUCAGCUCAAGAGCGUAUGGUAGAAGGACAAGUGAAACCAUCCAAUCCACCUGUUUUCACAAAGAAGAUUCAACCAUGCCGUGCAUUUGAAAACGAACAAGCUCGUUUUGAAGUCGAAUACGAUGGUGAUCCGAUUCCAAAAGUGCAAUGGUAUCGUGAAAAUUUCCCAAUCCAAAAUUCGCCAGUGUUCCAAAUUCAUACAUUUGGAACGAAAUCAAUUUUGAUGAUUCGUCAAGUGUUCCUUGAAGAUUCAGCAAUGUUUUCAGUAAUUGCUGAAAAUCGUGGAGGCACAGCUAAGUGUAGUGCCAAUUUGGUGGUUGAAGAAAGAAAACGUUCCGGCAAAGGAGCGGCUAUACCACCAAGCUUUUUGACUACUGUUCAAGAUACCGCAGUUAAUGAAGGUCAAUUGGCACGUUUCGACGCUAAAAUUAAUGGCACAAAACCAUUGGACGUAUACUGGUUGAAAAAUGGACAGAAAAUCGUGCCGAAUAUCAAGUAUAAGAUCGUUGAAGAGGACAACACAUACACACUAUUAAUCAUCGAAGCGUUCCAAGAAGAUGCUGGCGCUUAUGAAUGUGUUGCCGUAAAUAAUUCGGGAGAGGCUCGAUGUGAAGCUGAAUGUACAAUUUUAUCAUCUAAAUCAGCGCCAAAACAACCACAACAAUCUGUUCCGGGCACCGAAAAAACACCAACACUCAUUGAACCACUAAAAGAUCAGACAAUUAAUGAAGGUUCAAGUGUUGCAUUCAAAUGCCGAGUUAUUGGCAAACCAAAUCCAACAGCUCAAUGGUUCAAGGGACCAAAUAUUAUUAAACCAUCGAAAUUCUUCCAAAUGUCACGCGACGGUGAAUAUUAUAGUUUGCGAAUUACCGAAGCUUUCCCCGAGGACGAAGGCGUUUACAAGUGUGAAUUGGCCAAUUCGCUUGGUAAAAUUACAACAAGCGCCAACUUGCGUGUACGAGCACCCGAACAGCAAGAAGCUCUACCAACAUUGUCUCCAAUGAAAGAUGUUGUUGUACAGGAAGGAAGUCCAGCUCAAUUCAAAACAACAAUUUCUGGAAAAACAAAGCCAACCAAUGUUCAAUGGUUCCGUGAAGGUGCUUUGAUUCCUGAAUCACCAGACUUCCAGAUGAUUUUUGAUGGAAACAAUGCCGUAUUAUUGAUUGCCACCACAUAUGAAGAAGACUCUGGUCUUUUCACUUGCCGCGUCACCAGUUCUGCAGGCCAGGUCAAAACGUCGGCUAAACUUGUCGUUAAAAGUAAGAACUAAAUAAGAUCUGUUGUCUGAACCGUUUCUGUUUUGUGUUAUUUGUUUGAUUUGUAAUUUUCGCGAUACAUUAUUUUUAGCUUUGAAAAUUUGAAAGACAAAAGAAACAAAAAUACUAAAAGUUCAAGAGAGAAAAGAAACUACUCGGUGCAUACAUUUUCGCCGAAACAAAAUUAAAAAAAAAAAACUAGUAAAGCAAAAAGUUAUCUC